AUGAGGUUUCUCUGUCUUCCAGGAGCAUAUGGCAGUGCCGAUAAAUUUCAGGUGCAGCUGGCACCGAUCCUCAAGGAAUUGACUGAAGAUGGGACAGCCAUGUUUCACUUCAUCAAUGCUCCCUGCAGCACUACACCCCCAGAGGGAUUCGAGGACUACUUUGGCAAGCCGCCCUAUUAUCGAUUCAUAGAACCCGAUGAGGAUGUCGAGACCACCGAGGACGACGAUGUGUUGGCCCGUAUCCGCAAUUUCCCUGAUUGCGAGACCCCAGAGGAUACCAUGCGCGAGCUGAUGAAGGAAGGCCUGGCCUCGAGUCACCGAAGCACUAACAAUGCGCUGGUGUAUCUUCUCAAAAUCAUGGAAGAAAGGGGCCCUUUUGACGGCAUCAUUGGCUACUCUGAAGGCGCUACCGUGGCGGCAACACUGCUGCUCUACGAGAAGCACCGAGCCGAGCAACAAGGGAUCCCGGCCAUGUUCAAAUAUGCCAUCUUCUUCGCCGGGUGGCCCCCCGUACACCCAGUGACACACCACAUGAUUCUGAGCGACGAGUCAGACGACAUGAUCGAGAUUCCCACAUGCCACAUCAUUGGCUCCUUGGACCCGUAUUUGCAUGGGUCGUUGGCUCUUUACAACGUCUGUGACCCGGACACUGCUUAUCUUUUCGACCAUGCCAAGGGGCAUACGUUGCCGCGCGACAAGGAGACGGUCAAGGAGCUGGGAGACGUUGUGCGUGCGGCUAUAGCACAGUAUGGGAUUGAUUCUUGA